GGACCGCACCCGCUCGUGCGCUCAUUAAGUGGUCUCCCUCCCUCUCACUGUGCUCCCCUGCCCGCACUCAUUCCUCUACUCUCAGUCUCACUCUCUCGCUCCUCUCCUCUCUGCUCUUCGACGCCGGCGGCGACUUGCGCUGUGGAAGCUCCACCGCCGCCAUGCCUUCCUGGAAUGACGGGGAUACAAGCUCAGAGGAUGAGUGCGACAUCACAAGCAUGGACAUGGCUCUUUGGGAGACCCCUGACACCACCGUGGAGCCUCUUUUCUGUGGCCAGCUGGAGCUUUCUGAACCCACCUGCAUGAUGCACCACAUGAGGCCAAUUAAGUGUGUGGCAUUUGAAGGAACCUUAACUGGAAGGCGUUUCUAUGGUUGUCCAGUGCAGCAGAGUGAAGGUGUUAACUGUGGUGUUACUGAGUGGGUUGACAAGCCCUGGCAUCCAAUUCUUCAGAAUUGCUUGUCUAGGCUGUGGGACAUGUACCAUGAACAGAAUUGUGGCAGGGUAGUUGAUAAGCAGAAGUAUGAGAAGCAUUUGGCCAAGCUUAAGACUGAAAAUGACAAGCUGUGCAUUGAGUACACAAAGCUUGUCCAAGAUGUAUCCAAGAUGUUUGAUUGGCAGGAUGGUAGGGUAGGCCACAUGGAUAACCAGAAGGCAGUUGAGGAGGAAGAAUUUGAGAAGAAGAAGAAGAAAGAGGUAGAAGAGAGUGCUAGGUUGGAGGUUCAGAUGGAGAAGCUCAAACUUGCCAAGGAACAAAGGUGCAUUUUACAGAGUCAAGCUGACAUUAUCAAGAAUACCAGGAAGGCAAAGAAGGAGGUUGAACAGGAGAGAGAUUUGCUUAAGAUAGAGAAGGCCAAGCUUGAGCAUGUGGUGAAUGAGCUGCUGAGUGAUGGGCAUGCAAGCAAGGAGAAACUUGAGAAAAUCAAGGCCAUCCUUGAUUCAUGAAGUGUGUUCUGCAGAUGGUGAAGUACAUCCAAGGCCUUUAUAAGUAUGUGGCCUAACAAUCUGAUGUGAAGAUAUGGGGUGUACAUUUUGGGGAAUGUGAAGCUAAUCUAGUCUAUGUCUAUGCCAAUGUUAAGAACUGUAGUUAUGCUGCUAGAACCUUUAAUGCUAAGUUAUGAACUAAGUUGUAAUGACUGUUCUGCCUGUAUUUGAACCUCUUCUGCUAUGUUAUGGAGUCAGUGA